UUCCGGCUACAGAUCAUCACCGCGGCUAGCCUCCUAGCUAACACUGCUAGCUACCGAUCAGAUAAAACCACAGAAGAAGAGUAAAGAUGUUGAGGAGGAAGCCGACGCGUUUGGAGUUAAAGAUCGACGAUACGGACGAGUUCGAGAGUGUGAAGAAAGAGCUGGAGGCCAGGAAGCGUCAGCGCGAGGAGGCGGAGUCUGGCGGCGGGGUGGGCGGGGCUUCAGUCAUCAGCGUUGACGUCAUCGGGGGCGGAGCCUCAGCCUCAGCCACUUCCUCUGCGGCGGCGUCGAGGGCGGAGCUUAUAAACGAGCGAAUCGGAUACAAGCCUCACCCGAAGCCGUCCACGCUGCCCACGCUGUUCGGUAGUCUGCAGUUCUGAUGUUCGUCUGUAUGUUUGUUAAUAAAGCUUUG